AUGGCCGAGCUCUCCCCAUCCUCCAGCAGUGCUGAAGUAGCCUUCUUUUUUACCUUCGAUCCCCCCCUCUUAUCCCCCCCCCAAAAAAUGAGGAAUCCGCGGCGCUUCUUCCCGCACGAACCCAAAACAGCAGUCCCCAAAAAUCCACCUCCUUCGAUGGUGAUGAUGAUGAUCCUUGGGUGCUGGGGCUGGUGUGGUGCUUUUUCUGUCUCCCCCUUCUCGUUCCUAGCCCAGAGAUCCGCAUUCAGCAACAAUCACGAAACCCAUUUCUCCAUACGGAAGCGGGAGUGCGAAAAACAAGCUCCUCUGGCUCCUGGUUUUGGGUGAUGAUGUUGAAGAUGCCCCCCUUUCCACCCCACCCCCCAAGCAGAAGCAGCGGCGGCUGGAGCAGCAGCGGCGACAUUCCUCGGCUGCUGGGCUUUCUUUCCUUCUUUCCCCCCCUGCCCCCCCACCUCCUUCUCCUCCUCCUCCCCGAAGCGACGGAGCAGCAAACUGCACCUGUUAUUCAGCAGCCCUGCAGCCAACCCUUGGACAGCACUUUAAAGCGGAGAGACCAAUCCGAAGGCAGCGCGGAGGGAAAGGAGAGCGAGCAAGCGAGCGAGCUGAGGCGCAGACGCGGCGGGAGAACCGGGAGCCGCUGCCGCCGCCGCCACCACCAGCCCGGCAUUGCUGA